GCUGGCGGCGGGCCCGCGCCCUACGAGCGCAGGGUGCGCUGGCUCCGCGAGAUCCAGUCCACGCUCCGCGAGCGGCGGCCCGAGCGCGCCAGGCAGCUGCUGUGCCUUCUGCGCCAGGACCUGGGUCUUGAGGGCACCCUCCUCACUGACAUCCUCUAUAGGAACGUGACCUUCCUCAACCUGGUGGACCCCAUCUCCCAUGACCUGCUAGUGAACCUGGCCCGGGACCUGCAGUGCCCCAAGAAGGACUAUGAGCUCUGGAAAUCCUCGGACAAGAUCUGCCGGCAGCUCAUCUACCAUCUCACCCCCCACUCCAAGCGGCAGCGAGGGCCCAGCCACCCCCAGAGGAAAACGCAGAACUGCCUCAAGAGUGGCUUCCAGAGGACUCUGCUGAUCGGGGAGACAGUGGACCUUUCGGGCAUCCCGCUGUCAGCACGAGACGUACAGCACAUCACCCGCUACCUGGGCAGCCACGGGGCAGGGCUGGCGGUGCUGGACUUGAGCUUCACGGGGCUCAGCGAUGAGCUCCUGCACCUGCUGCUGCCCAGCCUGUGGAUGCUGCCCCGCCUCACCCAGCUGCUGCUCAAUGGCAACCGGCUGACCCGGGCUGCUGCCCGUGAGCUCACGGAGGCUGUCAAAGAUACCACCAAAUUCCCUGCGCUGGCCUGGGUAGACCUGGGCAACAACGUGGAUGUGACCUCACUACCCCAGCCCCUGCUCGUCGGCCUGCGCCGGCGGCUAAGCCAGCGUACCUCGCUCCCCACUAUCUAUGAGGGCCUGGACUUUGAGGCUGGGCGUGGCACAACUGGGUCCCCCACUGCUGCCUCAACUUGGGGCUCUACAGCUGCUGACCCAGGGCCUGAGCCCCAGGCCUGCUGUGCCAGGUGACCUGCCACUCACCUUGCUGUCUAUCAUCCAUUAAGGAUGCUCUUAAGCACAUGAACAGCAGGUGGUGGAGGUGCCACAGGCUGCUGGAGAACCAGUAAAAAUGUUCAGCCUGAGAACCAGGGGAUGCGAAGAGACCGAUCUCCCAGGAGGCCAGGCAGCCCAUUUAGGAGGUUCAGCCUUCCCUCGCAGAAGGGGCCCUGGCACCCUCAGCCCAGACCUUACAAUAAAGUGGUGACCCCCAUUGCCUCA